GAUUUAGAUGGAGCGAUUGUAAGCGAUAACUACCCCUUGCUGUACAGAAGAUAAUAAAACGCCGACAGAUUACAUAGUUUGCAAGUCUCUUCGCUCUCCAGCAUCCCUCUCCUUCUCCCUCUCGCUCUCCCUCUCCCUCUCCCUCUCCCUCUCCCAUUCGCAGCCCGUUCAUGGAGCAAAGGACUCUUGAGAUCAACGUGAUCUCUGCUAAAGAUCUCAAAGAUGUCAAUCUUUUCUCCAAGAUGGAUGUCUACGCCGUCGUUUCAAUCUCAGGCGAUUCACAACUCCAUAAACAAAAGACCAAGACCCCCGUAGACCGCGACGGCGGUACCAAUCCCACCUGGAAUUUCCCUGCCAGAUUCACAAUCCAUGGGGACCCUGCGCAGCAGAACCGCCUAAACCUUGUCUUCAAGCUCCGCUGUGAUCGUGCCUUAGGCGAUAAAGAUAUUGGUGAAGUCAACGUCCCUAUCAAGGAGCUCUUUGAUUCCAUGGGAGAUGGGAAGUCCAUGCAAUUCGUUAGUUAUCAGGUCAGGAAACCAUCGGGGAAACCCAAAGGUGAGUUGAACUUUUCUUUUAAGUUUGGUGACAAAGUCGUCUCAGAACCUAAGGUAGGGGACAAGGCUGACCAACCCGUCACGGCAUAUCCUGCUGCUCCUCCUGUGGUUGGUCCUAGUUCGACACCUUAUGGUGGGCCUGGGCCUUAUCCAACUGUCCCUCCACCACCUGUGGCAGGUUAUGCUUAUCCCCCUCCCCCACCACCAUACACUGGAUACCCGCCUCCACCACAUCAGCCAGGAUACGGUUACCCACCACCACCGCCUGGUUAUGGAUACCCACCAGCGCCUCAGGCAGGUUAUGGUUACCCACCAGCGCAGGCAGGAUACGGGUACCCACCAGUGCAACAACCGCCAAAGAAGAACAAGUUUGGGAUGGGAUUGGGAGCGGGAUUGGGAGCAGGCUUGCUCGGAGGAGCACUUGGUGGGCUUUUAAUUGGAGAUAUGGUUUCAGAUGCUGGAGCUUAUGAUGCUGGGUAUGAUGCAGGGUUUGAUGAUGCUGGUGGAUUUUGAAUUUUCUUCUUUCUUUCUCUUGAUGUUUUUAUUAAUUAGAGACUUUAUCUUUAGGGAAGGCAAUGGUUGGUGUACCAUAAUGGUGGAUUUUGACUUUUCAGAAUCUGAAUCUUUUUUUUUUUUU